GCAGCACGUGGGGGCGGUGCCGGUCGGAGGGUUCUGCGUCCACUUGGCUUGUGGUAGCGAGGCUGGCCGCGGCGAUAGCAGAGCACGAGGGGCGGGGCGCUGGGGGCCGGAGAGACGCUGCAGAAUCCGGAGACCGGCUAAGGUCCAUGGAGGGCUCAGGAGAACUGCCGGGCCCACAGCCACCGCAUCCCGGGGACCACCACAUCCGCGACGGUGACUUCGUGGUGCUGAAACGGGAAGAUGUGUUCAAAGCAGUGCAAGUCCAGCGGAGAAAAAAAGUAACUUUUGAAAAACAGUGGUUCUAUCUGGAUAACGUCAUUGGCCAUAGUUAUGGAACCACAUUUGAAGUGACCAAUGGAGGAAGCCUUCAGCCUAAGAAGAAGAAGGAAGAGCCUGCUUCAGAGACCAAAGAAGCAGGCACUGAUAAUCGAAAUAUAAUUGAUGAUGGGAAAUCUCAGAAACUUACUCAAGAUGACAUAAAAGCUUUAAAGGACAAAGGCAUUAAAGGAGAGGAAAUAGUUCAGCAGUUAAUUGAAAAUAGUACAACAUUCCGGGACAAGACAGAAUUUGCUCAAGAUAAAUAUAUAAAAAAGAAGAAAAAGAAGUAUGAAGCCAUCAUUACUGUUGUGAAGCCAUCCACCCGCAUUCUUUCAAUUAUGUAUUAUGCAAGAGAACCUGGAAAAAUUAACCACAUGAGAUAUGAUACACUAGCCCAGAUGUUGACUUUGGGAAAUGUCCGUGCUGGCAAUAAAAUGAUUGUAAUGGAAACCUGUGCAGGCUUGGUGCUGGGUGCAAUGAUGGAACGGAUGGGAGGUUUUGGUUCCAUUAUUCAGCUGUACCCUGGAGGUGGACCUGUUCGGGCAGCAACAGCAUGUUUUGGAUUCCCCAAAUCUUUCCUCAGUGGUCUUUAUGAUUUCCCACUCAACAAAGUGGACAGUCUCCUAAAUGGAACAUUUUCUGCGGAGAUGUUAUCUUCAGAGCCUAAAUACGGUGCUUCUGCUGAAGAAAGUAAUGGCACCCUGGAGGAAAAACAGACUUUGGAACAGGAGAAUGAAGACAACGUGGCAGAAGCGCAAGAGAGCCAUCGCUCACCGGAACAGGAAACAAUGGAAAUCGUCUCACAAGAUCCAGACUAUAAGGAGUCUAAAGAGAAAGGAAGCAAAAAGGAUUAUAUUCAGGAAAAGCAGAGGAGACAAGAAGAGCAAAGGAAAAGACACUUAGAGGCUGCUGCUCUGCUGAGUGAAAGAAACUCAGAUGGUUUAAUUGUUGCUAGUCGUUUCCAUCCCACUCCGCUCCUGCUGUCUUUGCUGGACUUCGUGGCCCCUUCAAGACCAUUUGUGGUCUACUGUCAGUAUAAAGAGCCCCUGUUGGAAUGCUACACAAAACUGCGGGAAAGAGGAGGGGUCAUCAACCUCAGGCUGUCGGAAACCUGGCUCAGGAAUUACCAGGUUUUGCCAGAUCGAAGUCAUCCCAAACUACUGAUGAGCGGAGGUGGGGGGUACCUUCUAUCAGGCUUCACUGUCGCCAUGGAUAACCUUAAAGCCGACCCCAGUCUCAAAUCCAACGCAAGCACUUUAGAAUCACACAAGACUGAAGAGCCAGCAGCUAAAAAACGGAAAUGCCCGGAGUCUGACUCUUAACCUUUCAGAAAUUGCUCUGAUUUUUUUCCUCAGGCGCUAUAUAGUUAGUAAUUAAACUUUAAAUGCCAUCACUAAUUGUUUUCUCAUCUUCUAAAAGUAAGUCUAUACACUUGUUCCUGGGAAGGACGAGUAAGCCUUUUGUCCACCUCUGGAACAGAUAAAUUUGGUCUAUGAGAACAUCGAGCCAGAAUACCCAAGCCUGGGGUAUACACAGUGGACUAGUGUGUAUGUGGCCAAUUCUGUUUAUUUCACAAAAAUCCUCUAAGUGCUUGUAGUACUCUGUGAAAAUAUCUUGAGAAUUUAGACAUUCUAAAAAUAUCUUUAUACAAGACUUCGUUUAUACGUUAAACUAAGUGGAAUGACACAAUAUAUCCAAAACUUGGGUACUGAAAGCAAGAAUCUGUGGAAGAGAUUUCUUGUGUUCAUUCCACUCUCUUCAACCGAAGCAAUAUGGAUGUGUGAGUAUAUGAGAUUGACAGCACCAAAAAUACCCUCCUUGUUCCCUCCGUUGGAAUAAACUUUUUUAAAACACUAGAUUUUUUUAUUUUAAUAGUUGACAGCUUAGGAAAGUUCUGAGUAUUUAUUGUACUGCUUUUUUGGGUCAAUACACAAAGGGGUAGUAGUGUACUUUUUUGCGUUAAUUUGCCCAUCUCCUCAUUCUUUGUUCCAAGUGAAAUGCUAGAAUUUUUGUGUUUUAUUAAGUUAAAGGAAACAGCAAAGGUUUUUUUCCCCCAUCCAGAGACUUACAGAAAUAGACACACACUCGUGUUUAUGGCUAUUGGUAUAUACACACAUAUAUAUUUAUAUAUACGUAUGGAAACAGAGAAUGCACUAUUUAUAGGAUCUAUGACAAAGUUUAGUGCAGGGCUUUGACCAGUUCUCAUUGCAUUAGCGUCACUCCUUGUCAAGUGUAUUUUAAAGUGCCUUUUUUGGUGAUUAUUAAUGCUGGUCUGUUGAGCUCGGGCAUGAUUAGGUGGUUAGUCUUUCUAAGCUCUGAAAAAUGUAUAAUCAAAUUUGGUCAUCUGCUAUAGCCAAGGAGAGUAUUUAGAGUAAGCUGUGGCCCUUGUCUUGCUCACUAAAUAUGCUCGUAAUGUGUAUCGUUGACAUCAUUAUAGCAUAGAUGCUGAUCAGCAAGGAGCAUCUCAGACAAAAAGAAAUUUUCCUAAUAGCAUGUACUAUCCUGAUAAUGGUCAAUGUGAUCACCAACCAGUACAGGUUUGAUUCCUUUUUCUUAAAACAAUGGCUUUUAAAAAAUAAAAGUGUUUCCUAUUACGAUUUGUCUGAUUUACAUUAAUGAUGGGGUCAGUGACACUGCAUUCGCUGGCUUUCAGCUGAUUGUGACACGUGGUCUAUAUAAGAAAACAGGCCCACAUCAACACCUCACUGAACAUGUCCUUACAAACAGUCGCCACCCACAUACAACCUGUCCCAGUUUGUCCAGGAGAACACGUGUGCACAGACUGGAUUCUGUAGUGGCUGGUCCCCACUGGUUACUCUUGUUUAAAUCCUCUCCUCGGGAUUCAUCCAGUUUUCAAGGCUCAUCUCAUUUCAUUCAUUCUGGACGUCGGCACUAUCAAGGCAUGUGCCCAUGGAGCCACCCCUGGAGCUGACUUGUGAACUCCUGUCCUGUACCAGCAGCAAAAGUUAACCUUAACCUGUGUUACUUCUUUUUUUCUCUUGCCUAUAAUGUACUUCAUCUUUGAGGACUGAUGCUUAAUUCAAUAACUUGAAAACUUAGUGUGUGCCAGAAUUCCCUGGUGGGCUUAUUAAAUCCGGAUUGGUAACA